AUGAACGCUCAAGGCGCGGGCGUCCUCAGCGAGAAGUCAAGAGGCGAAGGACUCAUGACCCUCCUCAAAUUCAUCGACGACUUCGUGCCCUGUUGUCCUCGCGACGGCGCCAAACUCAUCGGCGCCAUCACGACGCAGUCGCUCAACGCCCGCGACGGCUACGAGAAAGCGUCGCGGGAAGUCUACUUUUGGUGCACGUCGGCCUUGCCGCUGCUCGACUCGUUCAUCGACGCCUUGCAGCAAGGACACACGGACGACGCGCAGACGCACCUGCUUGCCGUCUACGAAAACGGCGCCACGAUCAUGCGCACGGUCGCAUUGGCGCUCGCCACCACGGAGAAGCAACUGACCGGCGCCAAGGCCAACGUCAUUGCUUUGAGCAGCACGUGCUUGGCCACGGACAGCUCCGAGUCGCCAGUCGAGAGCGCGCCAGAGAUGAAACGCUUGACCGCACCGGACGCUACGACGGCCCGCGCAGUGUCCCUCGUGCAGUUCGACAACCUCGUGGCUUUGGCGGAAGCCAAAACACGGCCACCGGUGAUGGAGGCUUCGUCGACGCUGGCGACGGUGCUUCUCGGGCUCGCGCACCAGAUCGAGUCGAUGGUUCAAGGCACCCAGUCGGGCUGGCAGCAACUCGCGCAGACCAACGUCAUCCACGAGAUCGAGAGCGAGAUGCGCCAGCCCAAGCUUCUCCAGCUGCUCGACGAGGCGACGAUCGAAGCGCACAUCACAUCGGCCAAGGCGCUCCGCGCCGCCAAGUGGGACGGGCGGCAACAAGGUACGCCGUGCGGCGAUGGACCGCGCCGCGCACAGCUGUCGACGUCGAGCAUCGGCCUCGAGGCGACGCGGCUCCUCGCCGAGCGCUUUCCCGAGAGCAUCGUUCUGCUUGGUGCGCGCAGCAAGCCGCAGGAAGCCAAGUCGCUGGCCCUCGAUUCCAUGGCCUUUCAACACGCCGAGACAUCGCGCUAUGCGUGGCCUGCGGCGACGCUGACCCGCGGUCGCUACGGCAUCUCCAAAUCGCUCGGACUGGCGCUCGGACGCAUCUGGGCAGCAGCGUUUCGCGAGAUCUGCACGGUCUCCGUGUGA